UUGUCUCUUUUAAUUCUCCAUUCCUCUCUCUCUCUCUCUCGCACUAGUCUCACUCGCUAGUUGCUCUCCGUUUCUGACUUUCCGCUGAAAAAAUUUCUGCUUCUUAUUACAAUGUAAUAAAAAAGGGUGUGCAGUAUAUGCUACAUUCUGUCCUCUCGGUGGGCUUUGUUUCUUUGUGUUUCCCUAAGUCUUAGGGAAAUGCAGAACUUUUAAACCUUUAUUAUUCCAACAAGUUUUUGUUUUUUGCUCGUGUGUUGAAGUCAAGAGCCAUGGCAAAAUUUUGGAUCAUUUUAUUCCUUGUUCUCGUGUUUCUAAUCUCCGGAUGCACGUCGGCUGCGGCCACCCCUGCUGCAAAAAUUGUUGGUGGGGUUGUUACAAAUGUUGCUUCUACACUGUUCAAGUGGUUGUGGUCGCUCAAAUCAACUUCCAAAACAGCAAUUUCAAGCCGUUCCAUGAUGAAAUUUGAGAGUGGCUAUACUAUUGAGACUGUGUUUGAUGGAAGCAAGCUUGGAAUCGAACCUUAUUCGGUGGAGGUGUCCCCAUCUGGGGAGGUGUUGCUUUUGGAUUCUGAGAACAGCAACAUUUACAAGAUCUCAACACCAUUGUCCCGGUAUAGUCGACCCAAGCUGGUAUCUGGAUCCCCUGAAGGAUAUUCAGGGCACAUUGAUGGGAAGCCAAGAGACGCAAGGAUGAACCACCCAAAAGGGCUUGCAAUGGAUGACAGGGGAAAUGUGUAUGUUGCAGAUACCAUGAAUAUGGCUAUACGGAAAAUAAGUGACAGCGGGGUGGUGACGAUUGCAGGGGGGAAAUGGAGCCGUGGAGGAAGCCAUGUUGAUGGCCCGUGUGAGGAUGCAAAGUUUUCAGAUGAUUUUGAUGUGGUGUAUGUUGGAAGCAGCUGCUCACUUCUGGUAGUGGAUCGAGGAAACCAGGCAAUUCGAGAGAUCCAAUUGCACGAUGAUGAUUGUUCUUACCAUUAUGAUGACAAUACACACUUGGGUAUUGCAGUGCUUGUUGCUGUUGGUUUCUUUGGGUAUAUGUUGGCCUUGUUACAACGUAGAAUCGCAGCUAUCCUUUGCUCCAAUGAUGAUCCAAGAAUUCAUGCCAAGAGUAUGCCACCAGCCCCAUAUCAGAGGCCUCAUAAAUCGAUCAGACCUCCCUUGAUUCCCACAGAAGGCAAUUAUGAGAAGCCAGAAGAAGGCUUAUUUAGUUCAUUGGGAAGACUUUUUGUCAACACUGGAUCAUCUGUAAUUGAAAUUUUUGGAGGCUUGUUCUCAGGUUUUAGGAAAAAGCCAUUCCACCAUGUUGUUCAGCAGCAUUACAAUCACCCAUCCCAACAUCCUAAUUCUUGGCCCAUGCAAGAUAGCUUUAUAAUUCCAGAUGAAGAUGAGCCUCCCUCAGAAGAAUCUAGAGACCCUACACCAAGAAAAGCUUACCCUUUUAUGACCGGAGACUUGGAGAAGAAGCAAAGCCGGUCUUAUUACAAUGGUGGAUGGAAUGCUGAUCUCCAUCCGCAACAACAGCACCAAUUUCAGCAGCAGCUACAGAAACAUCAUCAGCAUCAUGAGAAGCACCAGUCAUCCAGAGCUCAGACUUGUUAUGAGCAAAACUGCGAAACAAAUGAGAUCGUCUUUGGGGCGGUUCAGGAGCAAGCUGGACGGCGUGAAGCAAUGGUGAUAAAGGCUGUUGAUUAUGGAGAUCCUGUCCAUAACAGUCACAAUAUCCGAUCAAGAUAUAACUACAUGGGGUACUCUUAUGGAUAUUGAUCACUUGUUCCCUGACAUGAUACAGAGAAAAAUGUCUCAGGUGAGAGAAUGAGACUGAGAAAGAUGAGAUGAUUUUAAGAGAAAGAUGCGCUGUUUUUCUGGAAGCAGGAUAAAGGGUUUCUCAGAAAUUUAGGAACCGUUAUAUAUCGAGUUGCUGUAUUGUCUUUCUAGUUCUAGAUCCUGAAUUGGAAUGUACAGCUAAGAAUUGGACGCAGACAACAAAUUUACCGUAGAACAAAAGAGAUGGGAUAGUCUGUACAAGUUUACACGAUGGUAAUAAAAAUCAUGCUUUCCUGCUAUAGCUGUCCAAGUUAAGGGGAAGUAACACAAAUGUGCAGGGCAGCUUCAAAAAUUUAUUGAUAGGGGUGUCUUAAAGAACAAGAUACAUGUACCUUUUGCUGUUCCAUUCAAGCCUAAAUCUGGGGGCAAUUCAAACGAGUGGAAAGAAUUUCUUCAAAA